AUGGAUUACGUUGAAAACAGAAUGGCUCAGGAAGCUGCGAAGCCAAAGGUCUCACCAGAAGUUCAGACAAUCGCAACACCCAUAAACCUCAUCCUCUUCUCCCUCUUCGUCUACAUAAUCUACCGUUCUUUCCGACCAACCCCCGUACCAAAACUCGCUCCUCCACCCCCUCCCGUCGUCUACAAAACCUUUACACCCCCGACCCUCCUGCCCUUUAACGGCACCAACAACAAACCCAUCUACUUCGCGGUGCGCGGGAAAGUCUUCGAUGUCUCUAGCGGUCGCAACUUCUACGGACCUGGUGGACCAUACGAGAACUUCGCAGGCAGAGAUGCGAGUCGCGGUUUGGCAUGCGGGAGUUUCGACGAGGAAAUGUUGACGAAGGAUUUGGAAGGGCCGCUUGAUAAGUUGGAGGGGUUGGGACCAGAGGAAAUGGAGGCGCUAAGGGGAUGGGAGGAGAGGUUUGAGGAGAAAUAUUUGGUUGUUGGAGAGUUGGUUGCUGUUGGGGAGGAGAAGAAGACGAUUGCGAGUUGA